ACGCAGCGCAGUCACAUUUCUUCAGAUUUCCAUCGGCCGGCCCGCCGCCGCUCAGAUUCCCUUCCGGGCACUUCUUCGUUUCAAAAUUCGGGACUCUUUUCAGAUUGUAUCUAUGUAGUUUUUUAGGGGUUUAAAAUACAAAUAUUGCACUACUUUUCAUUAGGGGAAAAUCUCUUACAUUUUUUUUAUAUUUUUUUUAUAAAGGUGAUAUUUGUUUAAUUUUUUGUGAUUAAGAUACUACUGGAGGGAUUCGAACCUGAAACCUGUAGAUUCUAUACUAGUGGUAUUACCACUAGGUUACCAUACAUUUUUUUGCACUAAGGCCAAUGCAUUCUAUGACACUCAAACAAACAAAAAAAAUCAAUGAACACCAUUUUUCACAUAAUUUCUACAAGAAUAUGAAAUCAUGAGCAUUUUCAAAUGGUCAGAUUUCUCAUAAAUUAAGGGGACACUCAUUUCUCAUCCUACUCACUCAUGAAGAACGGACAUUUACAAAUGUCGACUUAAUAGAAAUUUACAUUUUUCGUUAGAAUAAAAUGAUUCGUGAAUUUUCAUUAGCAAAUACGACAUUUGAUAUAAAAUGGAUCAAUGGUUUAGAAACUUUUUUUGAAAAAGCCUUUUGUCGAAAAUUUGUUUGGGUUGUGCGCUAGCACUCGCAUUCAUUCAAACUCUCACUUUCUCUUUUGCCUUUGCUUCUCCUCAACGUUGGGUAAGCCUAAAAACACCAAUCCCAUUCCUACUCACUACUUCCAUCGUCCAAUCAAAUAAAUACAACGAAUAAAAUAGUGAAUAUUUUCAAAAUAAAAAAAAAAGGCCAAAGGGAGAUAAAUGAUAAAUAAACGAAGGAAUAAAGAAAAGGAAAAUUCCACCGCUUUUUCCUAUUCUGGUGGAGCCCACCCCUCUGUGAUCCAACUGUCCAGGAAAGAUCACCAGAAACGGGCGGCCUGGAUUGGCCGUUCCGGGAUAAGAAGUUGAAACUCAGAAGAAGAAGAAGAAUAAACUAACAGUGAAGUGAAGAUGAAGCUGGAGAAGAUCUGAUGGAGGAGAAAGGAAGGAAAGGAAGAGUUGAAACUUGGACAAAAAGAUUAACCCACAGAAAAUAAAAAAUAAAAACAGAAACUUUCUCCCUUUUAUUUCUUUCAUUCUCACACUUGGACUUGCGGAGUGAUUGGCGAGAGUGAAAAGAAAAUUAUACGGGAAUUUUCCAGUAAGAGAGGGAAAGUGGUGGGGAAGAAGAGGGAGAGAAGCUCGUGAAACAUUUUUUUCUCUUUUUCUUUUUGUGGGAGUAAUGGUAGUAAUCUAUUGUUGUGUUAUGCAAGAGAGAAAGGGAGAAGGAAGGGAGAGAGUAUAGAGACAAAUGCCCACCACCAUUAACACUUGUCUCUCAUCUUUCACAUGAGCAUGACCCAUCUCCUCUCUUUCCCCCACCAUUCCUUCCUUCUUCCCCUUCCGCCUCUUCUCCUCCUCCUCCUACUUCGUCCGCUUCACCGUCAUUUAUUGUCAUCAUUGUUGUUGGGUCUUCGAAAUUUCUAGCCCAAAGAGUGGAGGGAAUCGAAGAGGGGAAAGCAAAUAAGGAGGUGGGUAGUCGGUGGAAUUCGAAUUUUUUCUUUUUUUUUUUUCCUCCGGGGUUCAUCCCAGAUGCUAUGCUAUUUCAAUGGGUAAUAAAGACGAGCACCAGCAGAAUCAGCAGCAGUUGGAGAGCGGCAAUGGGGGUGCUCACGGCGGGAGGAGGAGCUGCUGCUGCUGCCCAGGAUGUUCGAUGGCGAUGUCGAGAAUCGACUUCAGUUUUAGAUGUGUUUUCGUUGUGAUCCUUUCUCUGGCACUUGUACUCUCCGGGAUCUUCUGGAUCUUCCCUUUCCGGCCACACAAUUCAAAUGGUUUUGAUGCCAAGGAGGCAAUUAAGCUUAGUGCCACUGUACAGGCAUGCUUCAAAAUUCCAAAGCCAGUUUCAGAGGUUGUUCCACACAUUAAUUCAUUAGAAGACGACAUCUUUAAUGAAAUAAGUAUUGAUGAUAUGAAGGUGGCUAUGCUGUCAAUGCAUCAAAAUGGCACUUCCAACUGGACAGAUGGGGUUUUUGGUGUGCUUUCUGAUCAUAUGAAUACUCUGAAUCCAGCACACCUAAGUGUGCUGCGGUCCUCUUUGGUCGACCUCUUCCUGAAGCAGAUGAAUCUCUCCGUGGCAACCUCUGUUUUUGGACAACCGUAUGAUUUUGAAAUUCUCAAGUUUCCUGGUGGAGUCACUGUAAUUCCUCUCCAGUAUGGCUCAAUUUGGACACCCCGCCAGCCCCUUUUCAAUUUUACCCUCAAUAAUUCAAUAUCUGAGAUCCUUCACAAUUUUGGUGAACUGAGGGACCAGCUGAGGUUGGGAUUGCGUCUCAGGCCAUACGAGAAUCUAUUCUUGCAAAUCACGAACUCAGCAGGUUCCACAAUCGACACCCCAGUUAUCUUGGAGGCCUCAGUCUCCUCAGAGUUCGGAAGUCUUUUGCCACAAAGGUUGAAACAGUUGGCUCAAGCCAUUGCAGAUUCCGAUGGCAAGAAUAAUCUUGGCCUACAUAACUCAGUCUUUGGUAAGGUCAAGGGUGUUGUUCUGUCAUCCUACUUAAAUCGAACACUGAAUCCAAACACUCCAACUCCUGCCCCUGCUCCAUCCCCUGAGCCUAGUGAUUACGUUGCUGAACCAUCAGCUUCCCCUUAUCCACUAAACCCUCCAGCUGUCUCUCCAGCUCCCUCACCACAUAAACAUGCAAGAAAAGGUCCCAAAAGGGAAAGAGCAGCUUCCCAUUUUUUCCCUCCUGUAAAUUCUCCUGCACCAACUCCUACUGCUCAUCCUCCUCCUGACCCUUGUCCAUAUCAUGGUCGUAAAGUUAUUCCACCUAGCAGAUCACCAUCGCCCUCCAAUGAGCAAAAUUUCUUCCAUCCAGAUGCUCCUCCACCAAAGUUGCCCCCAGCCCCGGCUCCUUUACCUGCAGUCUCAUAUGGUUCAACACCCUCAGAAGACUUGGAAUCUCCGUCCCUGGCUCCUGUCCCAUCUGCUCAUUCCGGAUCAUCUUUUGCAGGACAACGCCGGUCAGUCGAGGAGAUGUGGUUGCUGGGGUUAUGGUAUAUUCUGAUCUCUUAUCUUCUUUGCUGGCAUCAUUGAUGGUUGUUGAGCCUGCUCAUCAUUAUAAUGCAUGGAGAGACGAUUAUCGAAGAGAUCUCAGUACCCAGUUUUGUUUUGGGGGCGGGGAUGGUUGGAAUUUGUGCAAAAAAAAAAAGUUGCAGAGUUUCUUUCUUUGUCUGGUAUUCGACAACGAACCAACCAACAAAAAACAAGUGUAAAUUCUAUGAAAUAGGGGGGGAGAUAAUGGCAGGUCAAAGCCAAAAGGUGGCAGGCCUCUCUCAUCUUCACUUUGUAGGUUUUGUGGAUGCUGCUACUACUGGAGAAGUCUAUUGUUCCAAAGGGAACAACAGACAGCAAUGUGUGCCAGCCAUAGUUGAAGCUUUCUUUCCCAACUUGGAAAGAAAACAGAACUUCUGUGAAGGAAAAGAGUAUUAUUAUGAAUCUAAAGAAGCAGAGCAGAACAUUUGGAUUUGCAGAGUUCCGAGAAAAGAACCAACAAGUUGUUAACUAAUGUUUCGUUGCAAGUGUAAAAAUUUCUGUUAGGGGCUGGUUCUUUCCUUUGAGCAUCUGCAAUCCCAUAUGAAAUGCUAAAAAAAAAGAGGAGGAAAAAAGUGUAAUGCAGAGUAUUUUUCUUUUCACGUACGAGAUUGAUUGAAUACGUGGUGAUGGUUUUAAUUGAUUGAAUCUCCUUUAUAGUCUCAGGCUUCAAAACUUGAGAUGUCACUGCUUCUCAUCUUGGCGAAAUCUGGCUGUGUGACAAUCAGCUUGUUCGUAACAUGUUGAUGUUGGAUAAUUUUCUUUAAAUUUUGUCGUCUCCUUCGUAACAUACUGAUAUCUUUGCAUAUUCGUCUGCGUCAACACAUGUAGCAAAGAUGGAAGGAUUCAACCAUUGUUUUUGGACUGACAACAGUUUCAUAAUCUGGUCCAACUACCAAUUGAUGUAGCGAUCCCACCAAGCAACCCUCCUUCCUAACUGCAAAUGUUGUUCUUGCCCAACACACCAUCAUCAGCAGAUAUAGCAACAUUUGAUAAUGAAGCCAAACUCCAAUAUUUAAUGGUGUCAACUUGACCAAAGGAUCCCCAUUUCUUCACAAAGAUCCCCUCUGCUGCAAUUAUCUUUUGUUGGCACAACAACAUAUGAAAUCUCUCAUCUAAGACCCCUUUCAAGAACUUGGCAAUUGGACAUCUCUCGUUAUGUGGAAUUGUAGCAAAAAGCUAAUUCUGGUAGCACAAUUCCUAAUCCAAAUGACCCCUAAAAGCAUCAAUAUAAAUGCAAUUGCAUGAA